GCCCAACCUCCCUGCUGCUGCAGCGGGGACGCAGCUCGCCGUUGCAAAUGGCCAGUCCUGCUUUAGAUCUGGCGGAGGAGCCGAGGCAACCCCCGCAAGACUCUCCCCAGCCUGAUCCAGCUUUAGCCGAAGCUCAGCAGUGGAUCGAGCAAGUAACAGGAAGAAUCUUUGGUGACAAAGAUUUUCGAUCUGGAUUAGAAAAUGGUGUUCUGCUGUGUGAGUUGCUGAAUUCCAUAAAGCCUGGAUUGGUCAAAAAGAUCAACAGACUGCCAACUCCCAUUGCAGGACUGGACAACAUUGCAUUGUUCUUAAGAGGCUGCAAGGAACUGGGGCUUAAAGAAUCUCAGCUUUUUGACCCAGGAGACCUACAGGACACCUCAAACAGAGCAACAGUCAAGAAUCUUGACUGUAGCAGGAAGCUGAAAAAUGUUUUAGUCACCAUCUAUUGGCUGGGGAAAACUGCAAACAGCAGCACUUACUAUAGUGGAGCAACACUGAACCUGAAGGAGUUUGAAGGGUUGCUAACCCAGAUGAGAAAGGACGCUGAGGAUGUUGAGAGCCCCAAGCGCAGCAUCCGCGACAGUGGCUAUGUAGACUGUUGGGACUCCGAACGCAGUGACUCCCUUUCUCCCCCUCGCCAUGGUAGAGAUGAUUCUUUUGAUAGUCUGGAUUCCUUUGGCUCCCGCUCCCAGCAGACACCGUCUCCAGAUGUGGUGCUAAGAGGAAGCAGUGAUGGGAGAGGAAGUGAUUCUGAAUCCGACUUGCCACAUCGAAAGUUGCCUGAUGUGAAAAAAGACGAUAUGUCUGCAAGGCGGAUAUCCUAUGGUGAACCCAAAUCAAUUGUGCCUUUUAACCAAUACCUCCCCAAUAAGAGUAACCAGACUGCCUAUAUUCCGGCUCCUCUCAGGAAGAAGAAAGCUGAACGAGAGGAGUACAGGAAGAGCUGGAGUACUGCUACUUCUCCACUGGGAGGAGAAAGACCUUUCAGCAAAAGUCACCCUGAAACUAUAGAAGAAGAACAAAGUGAGAUACUGGUACAAUCUGAAGAGGUGCUGUUGGGCGGCAGAGUUUCCCCUGUGAAGCCUGUUCAGACAGACAUGCGCCAAAGAGACCCUUUACAGCAGUCUCCUACAGAAUCUGCAAACAAAACAACGGGGCCCAGAAAGAAUGAAAAAGACCCCGAGGAGCUCAGGAAGCUCAGAAGGCUUGAGCAGGCUGGUAUUAAGAUCAUUCCAGCAGCACAACGCUAUGGCAGCAGUCAAAAGCACAUGUGUGAAAUGAAUGAGCUAACUCCAGACAUCAUCCUUCGCAAAGAGAACCCCUUUAUGUUAUGCUAUCAACGAAAAGAUUCUGGCUCUGAAGAUGAGCGAGAUGACAGAAUUCCUGACCUAGAGAAAGACGACUUUGCUGUACGCAGAGCAAGGCUAAAUCAACCCAAACUUAUGAUGCCUUUUAACCAGUACCUACUUGGAUCCUAUACAAACAGAGAUCAAGGUAAAGUGGAAGAACGGAAGAAACAAAAGAAAAAACAGCAGUGUUCAAGUGGCAAGAGAGUACAUAUGACUUCGGUGAGGCCAAUGGCAUUUCAUGGUGAGAAACCAUUCCUGCAGUCCCGGGAAUUUGAAUCUGACAAGAAAGGCCGAGCAAAUGUUCCUGACAUUCAAAGAGAUGACCUGGCUAAGCGAAAGACCCAGCCUAGCCCCACCCAAUCAGACUUGCCCAUUUUUGUCAAUGCUUCUAUAACGCAAGCAGAUAAGGAAACCUGGGACCGACUGAAAGUGUCAGGGACGACCAGUGAUGAGGAAGUCACAGACUCUCGAGAUUCUUUUCCAUCCUCUGAAAUGGCAGUGGAAGCUGCCGAACACAAUGAUUAUGCAAGCCACAAAGUGAGACCGUAUAAGAAAUCCACCAGCCCUAAGCAGAGGUUUGUGCACUUUGGGCCAGUGACAGAAAUUGACCAUCAGAAAUGGGAGAAACUCUCAAGUGCUGGGGCCUUGAUUAAAGAUGAAAUAGAAGAGACGGCCAGUAGUAAAAGUGCUGGGGCUCUUGAGACCACAAAUGAAACCUCAUCCUCACUCUCUGUGAGCCGUGUCGAGUCCAUUGGUCAUACCGAUGAAGUCCACAGCCCACAUGCUAAUUCCAGUGAAAUAAUCUUCUCCAAUAUAGAUGUGUAUAAUUCAUCUGUCCUGCAUAGUUGCGCUGAUUCUCAAAAGCAAAUGCCAACCACUUUGAGCGAAUGGCAUGAAAGCAGUGAAGAAGAGUUGGAUGGCAGCUUCCCCGAUAUUGAGAGAGACGACAUGCUGGCUAGACGAUUUGGAACUUUUCAGAAAUCUACUAGCCCAGUUCGUACCUCUUGCCCUCCUGUUUCAGUAGUCAAUCACCGUCCGUUGAAACAGCAAGGAAAUGUUGCCCUUUGGGGAGAGCAGAGGUCUCUGCAAACAGCAGAAAGAAGUUCACCAUUGCCUUGUGCAGAACAAUGUGGUCAUGCAUCACCUUUGCCUGUAUCCAUAAGCUCUGUUGUCAUGUGUGAAGAUGAGCAGGGGAAGUCAGAAAAUCAAGACAAGCACAAAAAUAAUACGGGAGGAGAGAAAGUAGAAGUCGAAAAUCUGGGAAAAGAUGAUAUGAUGGUGAGAAGAACCAGAGCUUUUCUGAAGCAGACAGGAUCCAGUGUAAAACAAUUCCUUCCAGUUCCUUUCUCGAAGCAGCAGAAUGGUGAGGAAGCAGCUAAGGAGCUUGUAAAGACUGAACAGAAAGUGAAGAGCAUUACUAUGACAGACUCAGUAGUCACUGAAAAACAUCCAAAGCUUUGCGCAGAAAGCCACGAAAGGCUUGCAGUGCAACCUGAAUGCAACCUGGAACAAGGCAGAUGCAGUUUCCCUGGUGUAAGACAAGAUAAUUUGUCUUCUACUGUUCCUGAGGACAUGUUUAACCCCAAACCAGUCAAGCCAAGGCAUUCUUCUGAGAACGAGGAAGCUCUCAAAAGAAACCACAAAGAAUUUCCAGUAUUAGAAGAUGAACCUAUACAAAUAUUCGGCUCCAGAACUCCUGUGUCUGAUGACGCAGAGAGCGUGAGUAUGUUUGACAUGAGAUGUGCAGACGAGGCUGCCGUGAUGCAGCCACACAGCAAAGCUCGUCAUGAGAAGCUGCAGACGAUUCACCACCAGCUGAAGGAAGAUGAGGAUCGAUGGCAGGAUGAUUUAGCCCGGUGGAAAAGUCGGCGGAGAAGUGCUUCACAGGACUUAUUGAAAAAAGAAGCUGAGAGAAAGAAGAUGGAACGAUUACUGACGGGUGCUGAGGGAGCCAGUGAGCGAAGGAAAAGCAUCAAGACAUACAAAGAAAUUGUGGAAGAGAAAGAAAGGCGAGAGAGAGAGCUGCAUGAAGCCUACAAGAAUGCCACGUCGCGUGAGGAGGCAGAUAAUAUUCUCCAGCAAUACAUUGAGAGAUUCACCAUUAGUGAAGCUGUCCUUGAACGCUUGGAGAUGCCAAAAAUUCUGGAGAGAAGCCAUUCAGCUGAGCCAAAUUCAUCGUCCCCACCUAAGGACCCAAACCCCCUGAGAUACUUACGGCAACAGUCACUUCCUGCCCCCAAAUACACUGCCAAGGUUGAGGCGACCAUAGCUCCCACCAGCGGACCAGAUGCCAGCAUUUCAACAGGCCGCACCUCUCCAAGCAAACCUUUUGUCUCCAAGGCUGUGCCUAUGCUGACACCCAAGCCUUACUCACAGCCCAGAAACACGCAGCAGGUUUUAAGAACGUUUAAGGUGGAUGGAAAGGUCAGCAUGAAUGGAGAAACCGCCAAUGGAGUGGAAGAGGAGCGAGAGAGAGAAUGCGCAGCAUUAAUAUUUGUCCCUUCGCCAAGUCGAUCGCCAAAGUCUGACCACGUGGCAGAAGUGGACGGUACCUCAGCAGAUGGGAGGCAAGACUGCGCUAGUACCGAGACUGUUCUGAAGAGGCUCAUCGAACACAGCAAACACAGAGAGCAGACCCUUUUUGACAGACAGAGGUUGUAUGAAAUACUGAAUCCAUUAAAAAUCACUGUGUCUGAGGGCUCCUUGACUGAAGAAGCUAAACCAACCAACCAAAAAGAUGAAGCUGAUUCAGAAAGACCAUCUGCAGCUUCCAACCACAAAGAAUUCAGCACAACAGUUUCCUGUGCCAGUCCUACAGUGGCCAGUGUGGAGUUCUCUUCCCUCAGUAAUCAUUCCAAGGAGACAGGUUCAGAUGAUGAGCUGAAGAAACCUGAAACAGGGCAACAGAAGGAUACAGAAGCACCCAUUAUCCAGAAGGUAGAGACCUUGGAAGCUCCUGAACAAGAUGGAGGCAUAAUGUUUCCGCUUCUGAAGAAGAUGCCUGAGAUGAGCCACAUAGUUUUGCAGAAUUCAGCCCCGCAAGUUGACACUGAUAAUGGCGACAAGUCAAAUCGUUUUGGUUGCUGGUCUUGGGAUCCAGAAGAAGAGAGGAAGCGGCAAGAGCGAUGGCAGCAUGAACAGGAGCGGUUACUGCAGGAAAGGUAUCAGAAAGAGCAGGACAAGUUGAAAGAAGAAUGGGAAAGAGCACAAAAAGAAGUUGAAGAGGAGGAGCGUAAAUACUAUGAGGAGGAACGCAAGAUCAUUGAGGAUACUGUGGUUCCAUUCACAGUUACUUCAAACUCUGCGGAUCCCUUGUCCACCUCUUCCUCUCUGACAGAUGGAAACGGGACUGUGAAUAUGGUAGAUAUGAGCAACUCUGAAGAGCAGGAUAAGCAAAAGGAAGUUAGAACACUGAAGAAAUUAUUUUGUGAACAAGAUAGCACAUCCUUUUUGAAAAACAAGGAACAUGAACCAUGGGAAGAGAACAUGAGCACUGUAAAUAAAGAAGGAUGUCUAGAAACCAGUAAUGAGAGAAGAAAUGAGCAAGAUGACCAGAUAGCCAUGUCAGAAUGUAUGUCGCCCACCAAAAUGACUUUGCCGUUAAGUCAGGAUGUUCCAUGGAAUCCGCAAUCAUUAACUAAACAGAGCCCACGUGUUUCAGAUGUCAAACAGAAAAACUCAGCAUUCGAACAUAAUUUAGGUCUGCCAGUCAGUUCUGCAAAAGAACUUAGGAGGGCAGGCUGUCAAGAGAGCUCUAGAACUGGUCCAGCAUCACCAGGUUCUCUUACAAUUCAGAGCCAGUCACCCAACAGGUCUAUCAGUGGAAAGAAGCUCUGCUCCAGCUGUGGACAACCCCUUGGGAAAGGUGCUGCCAUGAUCAUCGAGACCCUGGGCCUUUAUUUCCAUCUUCAGUGCUUCAGGUGUGGAAUUUGUAAGGGACAGCUUGGAGAUGCAUCAAGCGGAACAGAUGUCCGGAUUAGAAAUGGUCUUCUCAACUGUAACGAUUGUUACAUCAGAUCCAGGACCGCUGGUCAGCCAACAACUUUGUGACAUGGAUCUCAGUCUUGCUUACAUACGUUUUCUGCGAGGAAGAACAUCACCAUUAUGUUCAUGGAGCUGCUUCUGGACAAUCACUUGUAAGAGCUUAUAUCCAUGGACUUCAUAGCUCUCAUCUCACCUUGAAAGGCUGGCAAAUAUGGCUACAUCAGCUACUUUACAAUGCAAUACAUAACUUUCCUUCCUUAAUUCGCUUACAUUAUAUGUGUGAAGUACAUCUCUGGACAUCUAGCUCCCCACCCUUCCAUGAGAGCGUGUUCCAUAUUAUCAGUUACGUUUGGUUUCAGAGUCUGCUCUUUUGAAAGUAACUAGGAAAUAAAGAUGCAAUAAACCUGUUCUGUUUUAAUAUGA